UUGUUGUUACCUAAGGCUUUUACAUUGGAUCCCAAUCACCCCAUCGCUCCUCCAAUGGUGGUCAAACUACCAGAUGCUUGCGUGGAAGUGGGGGUACCCUUGAACAAUUGGUCAACUGGAGUUGCAUGCUGUCCAAACUGCAGGCAUGAGCUGCGAGUGUCUUUAGCACCAUGCCCUGGGAAGGGUCAUACAAUCCAGCCCCCAACACCAGUGACUCCAGUUACCCCACCUUUCACAAUUCACCCUUCAUACUUGCCACAAUCUCCAUUAUAUGCAACCCCAUCUUCACCUUACCUUACCUCACCUUCACCCUACAAUGAUGAAUUAAGAAGACUAGCAGACACUUUGAGGGCGCUGAGGCUUUCUGGGUGGUACUAUGGAAACCUAGAUUGGCAGGGUGCUCGAAAUUUACUAAAGGAUGCUAGUGUAGGUGCCUUCGUAAUAAGAGAUUCAGGAGAUAGAAAUUUCAUUUUCUCUCUAUCAGUUCAAACAGAAAGAGGUCCAACAUCUGUCAGGUUACAUUUUGAGGAUGGUUUUUUUCGAUUAGACUGUGACAGGCACCUAGCGAGGUAUAUGCCGCGCUUCAGAUGUGUUGUGGAGCUUGUGCAGCACUAUGCAUGCGUGGGCGAACGAGGGUCAGCCGGCACUGUGUGGGUGGACCGUGAGGGCUGUACACAUUCACCCGUGUUACUCCGAUCGCCACUGAGAAAGAACCCACCUACGUUGCUUCAUGCUGCUAGGCUAGCAGUACACAAAGCACUGUCGAACCCCCCUUAG